CAUCCUGUGACGCAACCUUGAGCCUCUUGAGGUCCUUGACUUCCCUCUCCCUUAUCACUGCCGCCUUGUAUAACAAGACUACGCACUUCAAACCCGAGUACUGAAUGAAACUCGAGUGCGAUAUCUCAUAUAUUUGAUGCGCAAUUGAAAGUUAGACACCGUUUCACUGCUCGGCGCUUGCUCGGUGCGUGUGCUCCAAUAUCGGCAAGCGCUCGACAUCUGUCGCCAUGUCGGAGAAGGCCUCCCUCGUCGCAACGGACGAGUCUCACCGAAACCGUGCCCCAAUUGAUGGCCGGUCGAAAAAGGGCUACUAUUUCCGCCUGUUCGGCCUGUUUCUAACGUCCGCCUACUUUUCUUACCUUUUUUUCUCUCACUACCGCGUAGUUGGCUUGCCGCCUGCUGGCCCGGCCGAGCGUGAUGGCAAGCCAGACAUCUGCUUGACGGAGGCUUGCAUCCAUGCCUCAUCCGAGAUACUCUACAAUCUAUCUCCGAACUACAAGGACCUCGACCCCUGCACCGACUUCGAGGAGCUUGUCUGCGGCGGGUGGAGGGACCGCCAUGACCUCCGCCCUGACCAGGGCGACGCGUUCACUGGAACCAUCAUGGCUGAGAACUCGCAAACGCUCCUCCGCCACAUCCUCGAGGCUCCGUACCCUAAUACAUCCGCCCACUCGUACUUCUCGCCCAUGCAACUCAACCCUGCCGGCCAAUCUACUGACGAGGCCAACUUCAACAAGCUGUUAGCAGCUUACAAUGCUUGCCUGGACGAGGAUACCAUCCAAAGGAUUGGAUUUCGUCCUCUGACCGAAGUUAUUGACCUGGUCAAAAAGUCUUUCCCCUUGGGUGGAACCAGCGCCCGCCGCUCGGCCAACGCCCUCAGCGAAACGAUCCUGCUCCUUGCCAAAUACGGCGUCUCAGCUCUUAUUGCACCCGGGACUGGUGCCGAUGACACGGACCCUGACGUGGUUGUCGUGUCCGUCUCGCCGCCUUGGACAUUUGGCCUUCCAGCCAAGGAGCGCUACGAAGACGAUGCUUUAGUUAAGAAGUAUCAGGGUGUCGUGGUCGACGUGGUCUCCAAGCUGGACCCCAAUCAAGACAACGAAGCGUUGGCAGGCGUGGUGGAGCUGGAAAAGAAGCUCGCCGCGGCGUCGCCCAGUUCAGAAGACCGCCAGGACGUCACUAAAUACUACAACCCAAUGUCUCUCCAGGACGCCGCGGCGCUGGCACCCAAGAUUGACCUGGCCAACAUCAUCUCAGGUCUCUCGGCAACCCACGACGUAACUCGAGUGAUUGUGGCGGCACCCAAGUAUAUGAAGGACCUGCAGACCAUCCUUGAGGAGACGGACGAAGUCAUCUUGCAGAGCUACUUUGUCUGGAAGGCAGUUCAGGCCUUUUAUCGAUAUGUUGACUCGCCAGUUCUCAAGCCGUAUAAGCGGUUUGUUAACGAGCUUGCUGGUAAGGACCCCGAGUCGGAGCCUGAGCGCUGGCGCACUUGCGUUGCCCACGUCGACGACGGCCUUGGCUGGAUUCUCUCCCGCUUCUUCGUCGAGAAGGCUUUCUCGGCAGCCGCCAAGGACUUUGGCGACUUGAUUGUUUCUGACAUCAAGGACCAGUUCGUCAAGAAACUUAAAGCGGUCGACUGGAUGGACGACGAGACCGCUUCCAAGGCUAUCGAGAAGGUACACAACAUCGUGCAGAAGAUCGGCUAUCCUACCGAAAGCCCAAACAUCAUGGAUCCCGAAAGUCUUGCGUCGUUUUACGCGACCGUGAACGUCAGCUCUGAUACAUAUUUUGCCAAUGCCCUCUCCAUGAGCGCCUUCGAGGUCGCUCGUGAGUGGUCAGCUCUAGGCAAGCCCGUCGACCGCGACCGGUGGGAUAUGACUGUCCCCACAGUCAAUGCCUACUACAACCCUCCCGGCAACGAGAUAGUCUUCCCCGCCGGCAUCAUGCAGUUCCCAGUCUUCGACGUCGACGUUCCCGCCUAUGUCUCGUACGGCGCAUUUGGAUCCGUCGCCGGCCACGAGCUCUCUCACGCCUUCGACUCAACCGGCCGACACUACGAUCAGAACGGGAACUACACCGACUGGUGGAACAACGCAACCGUCAAGGCCUUCGAGGAGCGGGCCGAGUGCUUCGUCGAGCAGUACGGCAACUACACCGUGCCCGGGCCGGACGGCAAGCCGCUGCACGUCAACGGCAGGCUGACGCUGGGCGAGAACAUCGCCGACGCCGGCGGCCUCUCGGCCUCCUUCCAGGCGUGGAAGGUACGGGCAUCAGAGAAGCCGAACGCCCAUCUGCCCGGCCUCGAGCACUUCUCGCAGAGCCAGCUCUUCUUCGUGAGCUACGCGAACUGGUGGUGCGGCAAGACGCGUCCGGACACGGCGAUCAACCGCAUCUACACCGACCCGCACGCUCCCAAGUGGGCGAGGAUCCUGGGGACCAUGGCGAAUAGCCGCGAGUUCCGCGAGAGCUUCAAGUGUGAGAGGAAGGAGCCGACUUGUGAGCUCUGGUAACUUGCGCGUCCAGGUUCAAGUUUUGGAUACAUCGGCAUUGUAUAGUAGUGUGUUGAUAGUUGACCGAUUGUGGUAGCUGCCCUCUAUAUCUAUGGGUCCAUAUUACUGUGUCUCCGAUACAACAGCCUCCGACGCCGUAUCGCACACCAACCCAUUCCACGCUGCCGAUCUCUAUAAGACACGCAUCUCGGACUUGUCUAGCGUCCAAAAUCUGGCAUUGCGCCAUAACCUAGCCGCUCGAUGUAAGACGAGCGGCCUUACUUGUCUAGUAUCAAUACAAUCUCAUCCCUAGUCCACACAACAACAGUAUCACCCCGUUUCUCAACCCCGUCUUUCUCCUCAGGCAACCCAUUCCCCAACGGCACCGUCCUGUCCCAACUCCACACCCCAUCCCACCUCUCGUAGACUGUAGUCUCCUCCCAC